UUCUUAACAUGCCAUCAAAAUUUUUGGAAGAGUUAUCUAAUGAUUAUGAAAAACUUUUUGAAACAGAAAUAGGAUAUGAUGUUAUUAUUUAUGCAGGAGAAGAACCGAAUAUUAAAGAAAUCCAUGCUCAUUCAAAUAUUUUGUGUAUUAGGUCAAAAUAUUUUCGUACAGCAUUUUCUAAUGAAUGGGCUGAAAAACAAGAUGGAAAAUUUAUUUUAAAAAAACCAAAUAUUUCUCCUCAUUUAUUUGACAUCAUUCUUAGGUUUAUUUACAGUGGAAAUAUUGAAUUGAAAAAUUUACAAGGACCAGACGUAUUGAAAUUAUUAAUAGUUGUAGACGAACUUAAUAUUCAACAAUUAAUUUCUCAUAUUCAAGAAUAUUUAAUUGAACAUCAAACUGAAUUUUUACAUCAAAAUCCAACCGGUAUUCUUGAAAUGGUCUACCAGCAUGAAACAUUUACGGAUUUAUGGGAUUUUUGCCUUGAAAAUAUUUGUGAAGAUCCUAAAAUUUUAUUUAAUUCUGAUAAAUUUGUUAACUUAAAAGCUCCUUUAUUGGAAUUAUUGCUAAAAAGAGAUGAUUUAAAUUUGGAUGAAAUUGAAAUUUGGGAAAGUUUAUUGAAAUGGUGUUUUGCUCAACAGAAUAUAAAUAAUGAUCCAACAAAAUGGGACAAAGAUGACAUUACAAAAAUUGAGAGAUCAUUACAUGUAUUUAUUCCGCUUAUUAGAUUUUAUGAUAUUGAACCUACAGAUUUCUUUUAUAAAGUUUAUAAUUAUAAGGAUGUUCUACCACAAGAUUUGAUUCAUGAUCUUUUAGAAUUUCAUAUUGUUCCUGAUGUAAAGCCUAAAACUAAUGUGCCAUUACCAAGAAAAUCAAAUUUGAAACCUAAGCUUGAUUCAACCAUAAUUCAAUCAAACCACAUUCCUCUUUUUGCUUCAUGGAUUGAUAAGAAAGAUUCUUCAUAUUACAAUAACAAGAAUAUUCCCUAUAAUUUCAAAUUAUUGUAUCAUUCAGGUCGGGAUAGAUUUGAUGCUGCAUCAUUUUAUAGAAAUUGUGAUAAUAAAGGAGCGACUAUUUGGGUAGCAAAAAUUCAAGGUUCAACACAAUUAAUUGGAGGAUAUAAUCCACUUGAUUGGAAUGGGAAUUAUGGUUGGAAAAAUACUAGAGAUAGUUUUCUUUUUAAUUUUACAGAUGGAAAAAAUAUAUCUGGUGCAAAAUUUGGCUAUGUUAAAGAACCAAGUAAAGCUAUUUUUUGUGGUGAAGACCAAGUUAUGCAAAUGGGGUUUUUUUACUGUAAUGGCAAUAAUAAAUGGGUAAAUAAUGAUGUUAAUUCUAAUUACUAUCCUGAUAUAAGUAUUCCAAGAUCUUUUACAGUGGAGAGUUAUGAAGUAUUUCAAGUGACUAAAAAAUAAGAAAAAAAAUUCAUAUAUUAUAAGUCAA